GCGGCUGUUAUGGAAACCAGCCUGGCUCGCAAAAGGCGAUAAUGGAGCAGCCAUGGCCAGGGCCAGCAGCAGCGGUGGCGGCGGCGGCGGCGGCACCUCAGCCCCCCCAGAGCGGGCAGGGGGCUCGGACCGGCUGGACCCCUGGGAGCUGUCCUUGGAGGAGGUGCUGAAGUCUUAUGAACAGCCGAUUAACGAGGAGCAGGCAUGGGCCGUGUGUUACCAGUGCUGUCGUGGGCUCCUUGGGGCAGAGCCCGGGGGAGGCAGGAUCCGGGACACAGCCGACAUCCUCCUUCACAAGGAUGGGACGGUCAGCGCCCAGCUGGAGCCGGGUUCAGCUGACUCCUCAACUAUGGUGGCCCCACCAGUCAACACAGAGGCCCAGAUGGUCCAGUCUCUGGGUUUCGCCAUAUAUCGGGCUCUGGAUUGGGGAUUGGAUGAGAACGAAGAACGGGAGCUGAGUCCUCAGUUAGAACAGCUCAUCGAUCUCAUGGCCAACAGCGAUUCUGAAGACAACGGCUGUGGAGCUGCGGAUGAGGGCUAUGGUGGGCAAGACGAAGAAGAGGAACCCUGCGAGGGCCCUCUACGAAGCGUCCGCACAUUUUCCCAAGUCAUGAGGCUGUGUGCCGCCCGCCUGACAGACUACAGAGAGGCCCAAGCUCACUAUCAGGCCGUGUGCCGGGCCCUCUUUGUGGAGACCUUAGAGCUGAAGGCCUUUCUCACCAAGAUCCGGGAGGCCAAGGAGAUGCUGCUCAAACUUCGGGAGGUUGAGUCCCAGGCAGAGAAGCCACAAGCUGACCUUGACAACCUUCGGCACAAAGACUGGGCCCGGCUCUGGGUGCAGCUGAUGCGGGAGUUGCGUCAUGGUGUGAAACUCAAGAAGGUCCAAGAGAAGCAGUUCAACCCCCUGCCCACCGAGUACCAGCUGACCCCCUUUGAGAUGUUGAUGCAGGAUAUCCGAGCACGCAACUACAAACUACGAAAGGUCAUGGUUGAUGGCGACAUCCCACCCAGGGUGAAGAAAGAUGCCCAUGAACUCAUUCUGGAUUUUAUCCGUUCCAGGCCCCCACUAAAGCAGGUAUCCCAGAGAAGACUUCGGCCCCUGCCUCAGAAGCAACGAACCCUCCACGAGAAGAUCCUGGAGGAGAUUAAACAAGAGAGGAAGCUCCGCCCCGUGCAGGGCCCACACUGGAAUGUUAAAGGUUUUGGGUCCCUGCCCUGCAUCCUCAAUGCCUGUUCCAAUGAUGUGAAGUCUACUUCCUGCAUAAACCUGACCCUCUCCGGCACUGGGGGCACCCCUCAGCGCCCGCCACGGCCACGGGUCCUGCUUAAAGCUCCCACCUUGGCAGAGAUGGAAGAGAUGAAUAUUUCUGAGGAGGAAGAGUCUCCAAGCGGAGAGAUGGGGAGAACGAGCAGCUCCCUGCUGCCCCUGAAGCGGGACCGAUCCUUCUCGGAACAUGACUUGGCCCAGCUCCAGAGUGAGAUGGCCAUGGGCCUCCAGCCGGACACUGGCCCCUUGGGAGGGAAGGAGCUGGAAUCCCGGCCCCGCUCGGGCAGCAUGCAUACAUGGCGGACUGACAGCACAGACCACGGCUCAUUUCCCCUAAAGUACCCGGCCCUUGUGGAAUCCAGUUCCCCUGCCCACAGCUCCCUUGGCUCUGUAGAUGAAAGAUCAGAAGGCAGUUCAGCUUUGGACAGUCAUUCUAAACACCUGUGGCUGGAAUUCAGCCACCCAGUGGAGAGCCUGGCUUUGACAGUGGAGGAAGUGAUCAAUGUGCGCCAGGUGCUGGUAAAGGCUGAGAUGGAGAAGUUCUUGCAAAAUAAAGAGCUUUAUAACAGCCUGAAGAAAGGGAAGAUCUGUUGCUGCUGUAGAACCAAGUUCCCUCUAUUCUCCUGGCCAGCUACCUGUCUCUUUUGUAAAAGAGCUGUCUGCACCUCCUGUAGCAUAAAGAUAAAGAUGCCUUCUAAGAAGUUUGCACACAUUCCCGUUUACACUUUGGGCUUUGAGAGCCCUCAAAAGGCUGUGACUGCCAAAGCCAUGCUGUCUAGGAGAAGAGAUGUCUUCCAGUCCCUGCAGGGGACGAAAUGGCGGAGUGUGGAAGAAGAAUUCCCUCACAUCUAUGCUCACAGCUGCAUCCUGAAGGAUGUCUGUAGUGACUGUACCAGCUUUGUGAUGGAUGUGGUCAGCUCUAGCCGGAAGAGUGUGGACGUCCUUAAUACGACCCCCCGGAGGGGCCGCCAGACUCAGUCCCUCUACAUCCCCAACACCAAGACUGCCUGGGACAAGUGAUGGACCUUACCCGAGCUAGAGCCUACCUUACUCAGGCUCUCCAUCCCGGGGACUAACAGACUUGAGCAGCUCAAGCACUUCCCUGAGCUGGGUGAUGAUGAUGAUGAGAGACAGACCUCUCGAGCCCUGCUACAGUCAUCCGAGCUUUCUGUGGUACUUUCUAGAGCUCAAGUCCAUCUCUUGGGUCAAACUGAAAUGGAGUCCAGUCACAAGAAAUCCUGCCCAAAGCCUUUCCCCUCAGCACAACUCCCCACUUAGCACCACCUCUUGGGCGAAAGAAUCGCCCUCUGAGUUGUGCAUGUACAUAUAUACAUAUAUAGAUACAUUUAUAUAAUAUAUUCACAGUCUAUAUAUUUAUAUACAUUGUUUCCUGGAACCCUAAGAGUGCUUUGGGGGUCAGAGCUCACCCAGAAGCACUUGGGGUUCCCAGGCAUUUACAUGGUAGAGGCUGGCUUCUGGAACUCUUCUGGGAAAAAAAAAAUAGAGCUUUAUUUAUCACAACUCUAAUUUUGCUUCCCUUCCAUUCAGAGGAACUCAAGGUCCACGAGAGGACGUGGUCCUCUGCAGUGAGUAGGAAAUCUGCAGAGAUUAAUUGGAGGAUAGAGGAAGAAAUUGAAUCCAAAAUUAGGAGGAGAGGAUAAGUCAGGGAUAAGAGCAAAAAAAAAUCGGAGCUACAAUUUCUGGUUACUCCAUAACGAAGCUAGCAGUUAACUGGGUGGCUCUUGGCAAAGAUUUGAGCCUUUGCUAUUUUUUCAGUUUCCUUAUUCUCACACCAAGUAGGAGGACAGGGAGGGAAGGAAAUGUUCUGUUCCCUAGAUGAAAGUCCAGGGCUGUGAAACUUUCUUUCCUUCUGUCCUGGAGCAGAUUAAGCCUGUCAACUUCUGUUUAUUUUGGCUUAGACCCUGGGUCUAAGAGGUCCUUCCCUGGUCCCAGGAGUCUAGCAGGUCUUGACUUUUUCAGGGCUAUUUUUUGGGGGUAUUACCUUGAGAUGUUUGAAGGAUUUUGGGUAGAGGGAAGAGUGUUCAUGAUUGGUCCUAACCCACCCUUUCUGGGCUUUCUCUUUCAUAAACCCCUCUCCUGCUUGGGAGGCUUCCAGAACUUUAAGAAGGCUCUCUCCCUGACCAAUUUCCCGUUGCCUGUUCUGCCUCUAGUAGGGAAGGAUGGCCAGGCAGCAAAAUGAGAAGAUCAUGGGAAGCUGGGACAUCCAAUCAUCCACAGUGUUAAAAUUAGAAUAGUUGCUUUGUCUCCCACAUAUCUACAUAUUUGUGGCUCAAAAAAAAAAAAAAUAGAGCCUUAUUUAUCACAACUCUAAUUUUGCUUCCCUUCCAUUCAGGCUCUUGAGAUGUCUCUCACCUUCCUCCCAUCCGUCUGUCCCUUAUUGCCACCCAAAUCCAACCUCCCUAUCCCCUCGCCCUUACUCUUCAGUGCCAUAUAGCAGGAGGAAUGCAUUGAUUCCAUCUGAGUCACUGGGGCCGCACACGUGCAGCAGAGGCAGCAGGAUCAGCUAGCUACUUCUACAGCGAUGGAGGACAAGUCCUGUGAGCAGCAGCAACUACAGUGGGAAAGAAUGGAUGGCCAGGGAAGCACCUGCUGGAGAAGGGAUGGGAUGGGUGAAUCUCUUGGCUGUGGCCGCCGUACCUCUUGACCUCUUCCCUUUCAAUCUGGCGACCUAGUUAUCCAGAAGAGCUGCAGUGUGCUCUAAGGUCAUGCUGUCUUCCGGACAUCUGGUGCCUCUAUCUUUUUGACAAAGAAAUGGGUAUCCCUCCCUCAAUCCAACUUAUGGCUUCUGUUAGUUUCCUGCCAAGAAUGCAGUUUGAUCAGGGUACCCCAGAAGAUUUAGUCAGAUGCUUAUCUCUGCAUAUUUAGCCCUGUAUAGUUCAGCCCUAAUAUGAAGGGAAUUCUUAAAGAGUUUCCCAAGGAAACAUUUCUAGAGACAAUCCCAGACUUUGGGAUUUAUCAAGAGAAGCUGAACUGAGAUACCAGUUUCUAUUGUCUACCUGAAGAGUCUACAUUUUAAAUUAAGGGGUGCUUCCAUCUCUCCUUCCUUGGGCCAUCACCUGCCUGUCUAUCCGAAAUAUCCCUCCUGCCUCCUCUCCCUCUGCCCCCUGGGCCUCCAGCACAUAAACAGUCACAUAUGAACAUCAAGAUCUAUGCAGUGCCCAGAGUGGGGAGGGUGCCAGGCCCCCAGAAGGAUCCUCAAACCACAGGGCAGUGCAAAAGGAAUGUACUGUAAAGACUGAUCCGUUGGUGGUUUCCCCUCUGUAUAUACAAUUGUUCUGUGUAAUAAAGUUUUAUUUGACUUAAGCCACA